UGUUUCACUCUCUGCUGAUCACACUUUUCUUCCUUUCUUUCUAUCUUCAAGGCAGCAAAAACAGAUGGAAGCUGGAAAUGUUGUCAAUGGUGAAACAAAUAAAACCAUCAAGUCUUUCCCAUGUCAAUUUUGUUCUAGAAAGUUCUACAGUUCUCAAGCUUUGGGAGGCCAUCAAAAUGCUCACAAGAAAGAAAGAACAGCAGCAAGAAAGGCUAAAAGGGCAGCUAAUUCUCAUUGCAAUUACCCUACUUCUUUGCUUCCACAACCUCCAUUGUUGUUUGCUCCCACUAAUCAGAUUGGGAUUCUUAAUCCAUCUCUUUAUAUCACUAAUCUGUGUCAAUUCCAAGGUCAACAGUUUGGAUCUGAUACAAAUCUUGUCUACUACAGACCCAACUACAUGAAUCAGAAUCCUUAUAAUCAGUUUGAUCAAGAAGAUGAACAACAAAGUUUCAUCAACUGUCAGAGGAGCCUAAUUGGGAAUGAUGAGAAUUCACCAGAAAAUAUGUUUGUGAUGGAUGAGAAUAAAGGUGUUAAGGAAAUAGAUACUCAAAAGCUAGAUCUUUCACUUCAUUUAUGAAUUGGAUAUAAGUUUUCCUAGAUAGGAAAGAUGAUGUGAUGUGAUGGUUUGGGUUGAUUUUAUGUUUGUAGAAAGCAGAAGGGGGUAAAAAAGGAAGAAGCUUUUCUAGAUCUUUGUUUUUUCCCCAUUUGGCAGGUUUUGGGAUUUCAGUUUUUGGAUUUCUUGGAAUAAGGAAGGUGUGAGAGGAAAUGCCAUAUAUGGCUUCUUUUGGCAAACAAUAUGUAG